UAAUGCAUAAAACACCUCAUAAAUAUUCGUUUGUCUUGAAGUUUACAUUCAAAAACUUGACUUCUGAGUUAUCGAAGAUAUUCUGAAGGUUAACAACCUCCUUUGUUGAAGUGCUGCAACUGAAGCCUUAUUGGUGUGUGUGUGUGUGUGUUUGUGUCUAGCUGUAGGAUAAGUCGUAUUUUUGAGUCUCCUGUAGGGAAUGCCUUGUUGAUUGGAGUAGGUGGUAGUGGGAAACAGAGUCUGUGUUGGUUGGCUGCUUUUCUCAGCGUCCUGGAAGUAUUUCAGAUCACACUGAGAAAGGGUUAUGGCAUCAGCGACCUUAGGAGUGAUAUCGCUGAUCAAUGACAUGCUAGCAUCAGGGGAUAUACCUGACUUGGUCAGUGAGGAAGAGGUUGAUAUGAUCGUCACCUCUAUUCGAGUGGAGUUGAGGGUGCUUGGUUUGGUGGACACGCAUGAAAACUCCUGGAACUUCAUUGAUCAUAUACGCAGACAGCUUAAGGUGGUGCUGUGUUUUUCUCCGGUUGGCUUCACUCUUCGUACACGUGAACGGAAGUUUCCGGCUCUCGUGAACUGCACCGCCAUUGACUGAUUCCAUCCUUGGCCCCAGCAUGCAUUUCAGUCGUCAGCAGCACUUUUAUACAAAAUAUCUCUGGCCUGGAGGUAACAGAGACUAGGGACAGUGAGGAGAUAUGUUUUUUAAAAUGAUUAUCUUUAUACAGCAAGGAUGCAUUAAAUUGAUCAAAAGUAACAUUUAUAAUUUCACAAUAGAUUUCGCUUUCACAUAAAUGCUGUAAAAACGUUUCAACUAUACCACACCCAAGAGCUUUCUGCAAUUCAUAAAGCUUUACUGCAAUCUGCUGGGGACAAAAAGAAGAGAACUGAGCCAAAAGAUGGAACGUUAAAAAUAAUUGUUUGUUUUGUUCAGAGUAAUUGUGUAUUUAUGUUUGUCUAUAGCUGAAUCUAACUGUGUUGCGGAAAUUUCCGAAUACUCUUGCCAUCGUAUCAAAUGUGUCUGCAUCUGUUUUGGUGCUGCUGUCUCCUAAUGGCCAUAUCCCAAAGGACUGCAGCUGGAAGGCGUCUAAAGUUGUCAUGAGUAAAGUGAGUGUGUGAGGAGCUGACAUUUAAGUUUUAUUCUCAGGGAUUUCAUGAGUCAUAUUUGCAAAUGUUUCUAUUUUAAUUCUGCUGACAUUUAACUUUAGCCAUGUUCUUGAAAUCUGGCUUUUACCUCUGAUUCCCUCUAUAAGCAAAAGCCUGAAGUUUGCUCAAAUUGCCAACAUUUGAGAAUAAAACUUUUUUUUUAUUGAAUCUUGAGAAUUUUAGUUUUCAAAUGGAACAUUGAUUAUCAGGAUGCAUUAAUAAUUUGGCAGGCAAACUAUGUUGUAACUCAACAGGUUAUAAAAAGAGGUUCAUUGGGAAAAUGUAAUAGAGAUGUAGAGAAAUGUAAUAGAAACAUUUAAUAGAGAGAAAAAAUGUGUGUCUGCGUAAAAUGUGGAGGAGUUGGAUGGUAGUUUGGAUACACUGAAAGCUGCGUUUGAAAAAGCAACCUCAGAGAAACUCCAUUGUCAAGAUGAGGUGAACCACACCAACACCACCAUUCAACUGGCCAACCGCCUGGUCAAGGUUUUAGAGGUCAGAAUAUACUGGUUUUGUUUUUUGGACCAUACUUACAUGUUGAUAUUGUCAUGCUAAUUUUACAUGUAAAAUUCAACUGCAUAUGGAAACUGUUUUUCUUUUUGUGUUUUCCUGAAAAAUGCAUGUGUAUUUAAGUCAGAAAGUGUAUGAUGGGCUCACUCAGUGACCCAGUACUGUGAGCAGGGAUUCACUCUGUGUGGAGACGUUCUUUUUACCGCAGCCUUCCUCUCUUAUGCUGGCUCCUUCUCAAAAAGAUGAGUUACUCCAUAACAUCUGGAUGCCUUACCUUGGUGCCCAGAAGGUGUCUUGAGUACUGAUAUUGCCUGUUAUUGUGAUAAAAAUGUGUAUUCCUUCACCUGCAAAGUUCAGAAACCACAAAGAGUAUAGAGUGCAGGGAAAUUAAAACAAAUUGAUUCUUUGCAUUCAGUUAUGUUUCAGUUAUAAAAAGCAAUAUUUUACACUAGAAAUUCCCAAACUUUGGUUUGCAAACCUUAAGGGAUUUUUUUGGAAACUGUGGGAGAUAAACUUCUGAUGAAAUGGCAAGGUUGGAUGAAAAAAAAAUAAAAAUAAUAAUAAUAAUAUAUAUAAUUAGGCCUCCCUACAUCUGUUAUUUAUAAGAUAAACCGGUUCUUUCCUUAACUCAGCUUGAUUGAUAAGACUUCAUUUUGUUAUAUCAGUGCCGUAGCCUUUUCUUAU